UGCAACCCCUAGUGAACGUGCAGCUUCAUUGGCAGCAGAAAUAAUGGAGAGCCCCAUAAUCAGGAGAAAUUACUGGCUUAACAUGGCAGCUAACCUGGCACAUGGAGCUCUGGUUUCCAGAUGUCUUUCUCAGUCUCCAUCUCAUGCCAAAGAAAUUCUCAAGCAUUUCCAUGAUCGCUUAGCAGAGGCACUCCGAAGUGGAGAUGAACAAGAAAUUAUAUUAUGUUUGAAGUCCCUUGCCAAUGCGGCUCAUGGAACCAGCAUGAUGCCCCUCGAGAAAGUCCUGUUUAAACGUAACAAAUAUUCAGACCAAAUUCAAGUGGAAGCUGUUUUGGCCAUAAGACAGGCAGCCAGGAUGGAUCCGAGGAAGGGACAAGAGCUUCUCACUGUAGCCUUUAUGGAGCGUGAAUAUUGUACUUUGGCUCGAAUAAUGGCUUGUGUCAGCCUCUUGGAAAUGAAUAUUUCUCUCCCUCUGGUAGUAACAAUGGCUAAAGUGGCAGCCAAUGAUAAUGAUGCCCAAUUCCAGAGAUUUGUAAUCUCUCACAUGACUGAGGUAGCUGGUCUCCGGGUUCCACAGUAUGCUGAUGUGUCUUCUGCUUGCAAGUUUGCCCUUAAACUUCUGAAGGUCCGGUCUUUCAAAAUGCAGUAUUAUUACAGCAAACCGAAUAUAUUUAAGUUCUAUGACAGCCAACGAGGAAUUGGAUUUAUUGAAAAAGUUAUCACAGAGAGCACUGCCAAAAAUCUAUUCCCUUCAAGUACAAUGUUAACCACACAACUACUGCUUCCUGGUGGAAAAACUAAUCUGUUUGAGGCUCGUUUAAAUAGUGGUAUCCUCGAUGAACUUUUGAAGGGACGAAGCCACUUUAAUCAGAAGAUAAGCAAGGCUGAAAAAGUGGUGCCAGGAGUAUAUCCUGAAAGCCAAGAUCAAUCUAUUAGUUUCAGUAUGUUUGACAAAGAAAUUGCCUAUCUCAUCAAACCUAAGAAUCUGAGUGAAGAGUAUUUUCAGCCACUGAUUAAUAAGGUCUUCAGAAACCUCCAAGAAGGCAUUUCAGGCCAAGUUGUCAGUCCAGUGGCAUUUCCAGAGAUUCGGCGCAUGUUUCCUAACAAUCUUGGUAUGCCAUUGGAAGUAGGUGCAACUGGCAUGUUCAUCGCAGAUAUUUCAGCAAAUGUGCGUGCAGUGGUGUCUCCUCCUGUGGAUUCCAAUUUCCAUCCAUCAGAACUGGCCACACUAAAACUUUCAGUUGACAUUAAUGCUGCAGUUACUGGUCAUGGUGCAAUAAGUAUGGGAAUUGUUGCAAAUGAAUGGCAGAGAACUAUGGAAAUUAGCGGUGAUUUCCUUCUACAUGUCCCACUGAAGGCAACCAUAACAAUAGACGUGAAAGAUAAGAGCUACAAGAUUGGAUUCCCUCCAGUCUGCAAGAAGACUGAGCUGGUGGCAGCAAAACAUGACUCAUACUUGGUAGCGAGAAAUUCAGCAGAGCCCAAUGUUGAGAAGAAGAUCCCGCUUGUUUCAAAAAAAUCAGAAGCCAGUCUCCAGGAUGAACAUUUCGUGUCAGAAGAAAGAGUUUCAAGAGAAGACAACUUGGCAGUAAAUAUCUAUUAUUCAUGUGUGGAAAGUGCCUGA